CAUCCAUAAGUAAUUAUCAAAACAAUAGAUUUAAAAUUUCAGAGUUUAGCGGAAAUACAAGUUUUAACCCAAGAAGGUAAAACAUAAGAUUGAGCGCGCAGGCUCCAAAUAAAUUGUUUCAAAAUCAUGAGCAUAGUCUAGCAUUGAAAAUCUCCAUUUUCUCGGAUCAAAAUAGACUUUAGUCCUUUGGUUGCUUCAAACAAUAUCCAGCAAAUCUGCAAUCUAAAAAAAUGUUUUGGGGAGGAGGGGUCAGUACAACGCCACACCGUGUACUGGUGAGGAGCCACAAAUUCAGACUAUUAUAUUUUAUCACAUAAUCACAAGGGUUCCACAAAAUACUUAGUUAUUACUUUCAAAGUCAAGAUAAUAAAUUAUCUCAUAAUUUACGUCAUUAUAUUUCAAAAUCUAUUUCAACCUAAUACCAUAGGUCUGAAAGUUUCAAAACAAUUUAAAAUGAAGAUUUAAUUCUUCAAUUAUCAAAACUGAUAUCACGAGAACAACUAUUUCAAAGAAAUGGCUUUCGAAAUCUUUCGUCUUCUUUCCGUUUAUCGAAUAACUGAUAUCUCAUUCUCGAGAAAAACCAUUUCAAAGGAGACCGAUUUAGAAAUCUUUUUUUUAAAUCGUACAGUCUGAUGGGGAGCCCCUCUUUUGUGUUCAAGUUUACUGAUCAGGUUAUCUUGGAACACCCGUCGAGGUGUCUGAAAACUAUAUACAAUUUUGUUCUCACACUAUAGUAAAAAUAAUCCCGCGGGAUUUAUCCUUUGAUUUAGAGAAAAUUUCUCAAGAAAGCCUUAGGGUUUUCAUGGCUAAAGCCUAACCCUAUCCCCAAAAACUUCGGCGUUAGGGCGUGUUAGUCUUAGUGGUGGCGCUAAGCCCUAACACUUGGGAGGUACUCAAAAGUAACUCCUCUUAUUUGUGGGCUAGGAAGCAAUCACGCAUGACCCUUCCUACCCGUUCUAAUAAUAGCCUCCGGCACCCGGAUCUAUUAUUAUUAUGCGUCCACUUAGGGAGGCACUAUAAAGUAAUCUACGGCCGAGAUUUAUACACCGAUGACUCUAAAGCCAUAUACCUAAGGGCCCAACUAAUAAUAGCAUCUCGGUAUAAAAUACGAAGAUCUAUUAUUAUUCUGUGUCCAAAAAGAGACAAUAUAUUUUAUCCCGCAAUUUAGUACCCGAAGGUUAUAAAUCAUUUCAUAACAAUUUAAAAUGUCUAAAUCAUAACCUUUCAAUGUUUGGAGUGAAAUUAUGCGUUUUAUUAAAACUUAGGCCCAUUCCAUUUUGGCCCAAAACUUUAUUUUCACUAAAACCUACUCCCUUAUCUCAAAAAUUUAUCCUGGUCUCUGGUCCGUUCAUUUGCGUCGGAAGAAGGAGAGAGAGAGACAUCCCUUCCAGGCAAUCUUCCUCGUUUCCUUGUGCCGGCAGCGUCGUUCGUCGGUUUCGGAGAAAAGGCAGCAGCUUCGUUGUAACGAUGAAGGGGAGUGACGCAGUCGCUGACUUCGGCAAGGUACAAUCAAAACUUCUCAUUCUCAAUCAUUCCUAGACGCUAAUCGUUUGAAUUCUCCAAUUAGUUUCGCAAUGAUAUUUCAAUUCCUUGUGGGAUUAAUUCCCUUCUAUCUCUAUAUUUUGUAGGGGAUGGAUUCCUAACACAUUUCAAAUUCUCCCAUUUUGUAAAAAUGGAUAAAGGAUUCGAAGACUUCUUAGUUUAAGCCAUGUUAGUGAAACCCUAUUUCUUGAAAAAUAUGUUUGAGUAGAUUCUUUUGGUUUUAUUUUCAAAAUAUACUCAAAAUGUGAAAUUUACUCAACUUUUGAAAAAUGAAGAAACCUUGUGUAAAAUUAAGGUAUUUUAUCGUUUCCUCUGAAAUUUGUAAAAUCAAUUUGGGGUAGGAGUUUUGGUUUGAGAAAGAUGAUUUAAUCUCUUGUUUUUCAAAGAUUCUCAAAUAUUCACUUUUACAAUCAAAAUCCUGUAGAACCAAAUAAUGUAAAGUACAAUCCUUCAUCUGAGAGGGGUAAAAAAACAUUUCUUUCUUAAAAGAUUUAUAGUAGAGAACAUAAGUUAUGCUCAAAACAAGGUUUCACAAACCGAGGUAUAAAAGAAAUUACUCAUCACACUUCUUGAACUUUGGUAACAACUUUGUAGGAAAUCAUAUGUUGAUCUAAAUAGACUAUUAUGUUUAAAACAACUGCUUCUUGUGAAAAACCAAACUUUAAUAGAAGUAUAUUAAUUGUGGUUCCAACAUAACCUGUGUUUUGUUUCGGAAAGGCUUUGCAACGUAUAGUUAUAAAAACUACAUUUAGUCCCAGAUAUUUCUAAACCACAUUGAGUAAAAUAUCUCUGGGUAAAAACACCCCUGUUUCAAAAUGAGUGUGAUAAAAACGUAUCCUUUGUUAUAAAAUCUCAUUUAUCCAUGGCAGUAGGGAUAUAAUAAUUCCUAAAAAAUAGUUAUAAAAUCAAUUCAACUACUUAUGAUUAUAGGCUAAAAUGUAAUAUUAAGAAUUUAUAACCCACUCACCUGUGUUGGAGUUCUGUCACAGUUUGCUUAUUUCUUCAGGCUAUCCAUGAAAAAUUUCAACUCCUGCAAGGUGGAUGCUUCUCCAUUCUUUUCUAAAUGAAUGGUCUUGUUGGGUGUGCGGUGAGCAAGAGCCCUUCUCUUUAAUGGAGGAAUCAGUCAUUGAUAUCUUAUGGCCAGGAAUCCCAGGAUCAUGUGGAGAGGAAAGCACUACUCUGAUGCUUCAUCAAUUUGAUAUGAGACCCGUGAAGAUAAAUUCUUGGCUUACCUUUAUAGCUUUCAAGACUGAUCUAAACUUAAUACUUCAAAAAAUCUAGGCAGAAACUCUCUCUUUGUAGGGGAUGUGUGGAGAGGAAGAUGCUAGGGUCCCUUCCUAAUAAAUGAUGAUGAGGACAAAAUUGUGCAGGGGUUGUGUGGAGAGGAAAAGAUAUGACCUGCCCCCCUUAAAUGAGAUGAUGACUAUUCCUUAUGAUUUUUUCUUUUCUUUGUACAACCUGCCCCUCCUUUUAAUUGUGAACUUGGCAGUGGCUUUCUUCAAUACACACCUCGACAAUGUAAAUUGUAUAGUGAUGUUUUUUUUGAAAAUCCAUUACACUCUCUCACAGCUCAAAGUUAUUUCCAUUGUAAACUUCUAACUUUGUCAACAGGUUUUAUACAUGUAUACCAAGUGGGUCAUUAUAAAAUAAUGAGUCAUUU